UCUCCAGGUGUCCUGUCCGAGGUGCAGCUGCAGGAGUCGGGCCCAGGACUGGUGAAGCCCUCGCAGACCCUCUCCCUCACCUGCACAGUCUCUGGUGAAUCCAUCACAACCAGUAGUUACUACUGGCACUGGAUCCGCCAGCUCUCAGGGAAGGAGCUUGAGUGGAUGGGACGCAUCAGUUAUAGUGGAAGCACAGUUUAUAGCUCAUCCCUCAAGAGCCGCAUCUCCAUCACCAGAGACACGUCCACGAACCAGUUCUCCCUGCAGCUGAGCUCUGUGACCGACGAGGACACGGCCGUGUAUUUCUGUGCAAGAGACACACUGCAGGAGUCAGGUCCUGGCCUGGUGAAACCCUCACAGACCCUGUCUCUCACCUGCUCUGUCUCUGGAUUCUCUUUAACCGGCUAUGGUGUGCACUGGAUCCGCCAGCCUCCAGGAAAGGGGCUGGAGUGGGUCGGUGCGAUAUGGAGUGGUGGAAGCACAUAUUAUAAUACAGAUCUUAAAUCCCGAGUCACCAUCACCAGGGACACCUCCAAGAGCCAAGCUUAUUUAACAUUGGACAGCCUGAUAGUCGAGGACACGGUCGUGUAUUACUGUGCGAGAGACACAGUGCAGCCACAGGAGUCACACCCAGGACUGGCGAAGCCAUCGCAGACCCUCUCCCUCACCUGCACCGUCUCUGGUUACUCCGUCUCCAGGGGGGCCGAGAACCAGUUCUCAUUGCAGCUGAGCUCCGUGACCACUGAGGACACAGCCAUGAACGACUGUGCAGGAGACACAGUCAACUCCUGCUUCUGCUCCUCCUCCUGGGGAGAUGAACCAUUGAACCCCCUCUGUGGCUUUGUCCUCGGGUCCUGA